AUGCCCUCUGUCCCUGUGCCCGCCCGCUGCAGGCUGAAGACCAUCAAGCUGGUGAUCCACAGCACACAGGGCGCGGAGGAGCUGCUCAGGACCUACGAGGAGCAGCUGAAGGACGUGCAGACGGUGCCGGCGGACCUGCAGGAGCUGGAGGCCACGCAGGCAGAGCUGAAGCGGCUGCGGGCGCAGGCCGAGGGCCACCAGCCCCUCUUCAGCACCUUGGAGAGCGACCUGGGCAAGGCCAGGGAGGUGAACGAGCGCAUGGUGCGGGGCCACGGCGAGCGAGACGUGGACCUGGAGCGGUUCCGGGAGCGCGUGCAGCAGCUGCUGGAGCGCUGGCGCGGGGUCCUGGCGCAGGCGGACCUGCGGCACCGGGACCUGGAGCAGCUGGGCCGGCAGCUGCGGAGCUACCGCGAGAGCUGCGCCGCGCUGCGCUGCUGGCUGCAGGAGGCGCGGCGCCGCCAGGAGGAGAUCCAGGCCGUGCCCAUCGCCGACGUCGCCAGCGUGCGGCAGCAGCUGCUGCAGGAGCAGGAGCUGCUGGAGGAAUGCGACCGCAACAAGGAGAAGGUGGAGGAGUGCCAGCGCCACGCCAAGCAGUACAUUGACGCCAUCAAGGACUACGAGCUGCAGCUCGUGAGCUUCAAAGCGCAGCUGGAGCCAAUGGCAUCACCGGCCAAGAAACCCAAAGUGCAGUCUGCAUCCGACAGCAUCAUCCAGGAGUACGUGGACCUGAGGACGCAGUACAGCGAGCUGACCACGCUCACCAGCCAGUACAUCAGGUUCAUCACUGACACGCUGCGGCGCCUGGAGCACGAGGAGAAAGCCGCCGAGAAGCUGAAGGAGGAGGAGCGGCAGCGGCUGGCGGAGGUGGAGGCGCAGCUGGAGAAGCAGCGGCAGUUGGCCGAGGCGCACGCCAAGGCCAAGGCGCAGGCUGAGGCCGAGGCGCGGGAGCUGCAGCUCCGCAUGCAGGAGGAGGUGUCCCGGCGCGAGGUGGUGGCCGUGGACGCGGAGCAGCAGAAGCAGCACAUCCAGCAGGAGCUGCAGCAGCUGCGGCAGAACUCGGAGCACCAGAUGGAGGCCAAGGCGAAGCUGAUCGAGGAGGCCGAGUCCAGCCGCAGGAAGGUGGAGGAGGAGAUCCGGGCGAUCCGGCGGCAGCUGGAGAGCACGGAGCGGCAGCGCCUGGGCGCCGAGGCCGAGCUGCGGGAGCUGCGGGCGCGCGCCGAGGAGGCCGAGCGGCAGAAGCGGCAGGCGCAGGAGGAGGCCGAGCGGCUGCGCCGGCAGGUGAAGGACGAGAGCCAGAAGAAGCGCGAGGCCGAGGAGGAGCUGGCGCGCAAGGUGCGGGCCGAGCGCGAGGCGGCGCGCGAGAAGCAGGAGGCGGUGGCGGCGCUGGAGGGGCUGCGGCUGCAGGCGGAGGAGGCCGAGCGGCGGCUGCGGCAGGCGGAGGCCGAGAAGCAGCGGCAGAUCCAGGUGGCGCAGGAGGCGGCGCAGCGCAGCGCCGAAGCCGAGCUGCAGAGCCGGCGCCGCUCCAUGGCCGAGCAGGCGGCGCAGCUGGAGCUGUCGCUGCAGCGCGAGCACGUGGCCGUGGCGCAGCUGCAGGAGGAGGCCGAGCGCCUGAAGCAGCAGCAGCGCGAGGCCGAGCGGUCGCGGGAGGAGGCGGAGCGGGAGCUGGAGCGCUGGCGGCAGAAGGCCAACGAGGCGCUGCGGCUGCGGCUGCAGGCGGAGGAGGUGGCGCACCAGAAGGCGCUGGCGCAGGAGGAGGCCGAGAAGCAGAAGGAGGACGCGGAGCGCGAGGCCCGCAAGCGCGCCAAGGCGGAGCAGGCGGCGCUGCGGCAGAAGGAGGCGGCCGAGGGGGAGCUGGAGAGGCAGCGGGAGCUGGCGGAGGGCACGGCCCAGCAGAAGCUGGCGGCGGAGCAGGAGCUGAUCCGGCUGAAGGCGGAGAUGGAGAACGGGGAGCAGCAGCGGCUGCUGCUGGAGGAGGAGCAGUCCCGGCUGAAGGAGGAGGUGAGCGAGGCCCUCCGGCGGCGGAAGGAGGUGGAGGAGGAGCUGGCCAGGCUGCGGGCCGAGAUGGAGGUGCUGCUGCAGAGCAAGGCGCGGGCGGAGGAGGAGUCGCGCUGCAGCAGCGAGAAGUCCAAGCAGCGGCUGGAGGCCGAGGCCGGCAGGCUGCGGGAGCUGGCGGAGGAGGCGGCGCGGCUGCGCGCGCUCUCCGAGGAGGCCAAGCGGCAGCGGCAGCUGGCGGAGGAGGAGGCCGGGCGGCAGCGCGCCGAGGCCGAGCGCAUCCUGAAGGAGAAGCUGGCGGCCAUCAACGAGGCGUCGCGGCUGAAGGCGGAGGCGGAGAUCGCGCUGAAGGAGAAGGAGGCGGAGAACGAGCGGCUGCGGCGGCUGGCGGAGGACGAGGCGUACCAGCGGCGGCUGCUGGAGGAGCAGGCGGCGCAGCACAAGCAGGACAUCGAGGAGAAGAUCGCGCAGCUCAAGCGCAGCUCCGAGAGCGAGCUGGAGCGGCAGAAGGGGCUGGUGGAGGACACGCUGCGGCAGCGGCGCCAGGUGGAGGAGGAGAUCCGGGCGCUCAAGGCCAGCUUCGAGCGGGCCGCGGCGGGGAAGAGCGAGCUGGAGCGGGAGCUGAGCCGCAUCCGCGGCGAGGCCGAGGAGGUGCAGCGCGGGCGCGAGCAGGCGGAGCGCGAGGCCGAGCGGCAGCGGGCGCUGGCGCUGCAGGAGGAGGGCCGGCGGCGCGAGGCCGAGGAGAAGCUGCAGGGCAUCCUGGCGGCCGAGGAGGAGGCGGCGCGGCAGCGGCGCCUGGCGCUGGAGGAGGUGGAGCGGCUGCGGGCCAUGGUGGAGGAGGCGCGGCGGCAGAAGGAGCUGGCGGAGAAGGAGUCGGAGCGGCAGGUGCAGCUGGCGCGGGAGGCGGCGCAGAAGCGCAUCGCGGCGGAGGAGAAGGCGCGCGCGGCCGCCGCGCAGCAGCAGGAGCAGGAGCUGCAGCAGGUGCGGCAGCAGGAGCAGAGCCUGCUGGAGCGGCUGCGGGACGAGGCGGAGCGCGCGCGGCGGGCGGCCGAGGAGGCGGAGCUGGCGCGGGGCCAGGCCGAGCAGGACGCGGGGCUGUCGCGGCGGCGCGUGGAGGAGGCCGAGCGGCUGAAGCAGCGCGCGGAGGAGGAGGCGGCGGCCACGGCGCGGGCGCAGGCGGCGGCCGAGGCGCUGCGCAAGGAGGCGGAGCUGGAGGCGGCGCGGCGGGCGCAGGCCGAGCAGGCGGCGCUGCGGCAGAAGCAGGCGGCCGACGCCGAGAGGGAGAAGCACAAGAAGUUUGCGGAGCAGACGCUGCGGCAGAAGGCGCAGGUGGAGCAGGAGCUCACCAAGGUGAAGCUGCGCCUGGAGGAGACCGACCACCAGAAGCGCAUCCUGGACGAGGAGCUGCAGCGGCUCAAGGAGGAGGCGGGCGACGCGGCGCGGCAGAAGGCGCAGGUGGAGGAGGAGCUGCUCAAGGUGCGGGUGCAGCUGGAGGAGCUGGCGAGGCUGAAGAGCCGCAUCGAGGAGGAGAACAAGGCGCUGAUCCUCAGGGACAAGGACAACACGCAGAAGCUGCUGGCCGAGGAGGCCGAGAAGAUGAAGCAGGUGGCGGAGGAGGUGGCGCGGCUGAGCGUGGAGGCGCAGGAGGCGGCGCGCAUGCGGCAGCUGGCCGAGGACGACCUGGCGCAGCAGCGGGCGCUGGCCGAGAAGAUGCUGAAGGAGAAGAUGCAGGCGGUGCAGGAGGCCACGCGGCUCAAGGCCGAGGCCGAGGCGCUGCAGAAGCAGAAGGAGCUGGCGCAGGAGCGCGCCAAGCGGCUGCAGGAGGACAAGGAGCAGAUGCAGCAGCGCCUGGCCGAGGAGACCGAGGGCUUCCAGAAGACGCUGGAGGCCGAGCGCCGGCGGCAGCUGGAGGUCACGGCCGAGGCCGAGCGCCUCAAGCUGCACGUGGCGGAGAUGAGCGCGGCGCAGGCCAAGGCCGAGGAGGAGGCCAAGAGGUUCAAGAAGCAGGCGGAGGAGAUCAGCGCGCGGCUGCACCAGACCGAGCUGGCCACGCAGGAGAAGAUGGCGCUGGUGCACACCCUGGAGAUGCAGCGGCACCGCAGCGACCAGGACGCGGAGAAGCUGCGCCAGGCCAUCGCCGACCUGGAGCAGGAGAAGGAGAAGCUGAAGCAGGAGGCGGCGCUGCUGCAGCAGAAGGCGGAGGAGAUGCAGGUGGCCCAGCAGGCGCAGCUGCAGCAGGAGACGCAGCUCCUGCAGCAGAGCUUCCUGACGGAGAAGGACGCGCUGCUGCAGAAGGAGAGGUUCAUCGAGGAGGAGAAGUCCAAGCUGGAGAAGCUCUUUAAAGAGGAGGUGGCCAAAGCCCAGGGCCUGAAGGCGGAGCAGGAGCGGCAGCAGAAGGAGAUGGAGCAGGAGAAGCAGCAGUUGCAAGCCAUGCUGGAUGAGGCCAGGAGGCAUCAGAAGGACGCAGAGGAGAACGUGCGGCACAAGCAGGAGGAGCUGCAGGAGCUGGAGCGGCAGCGGCAGCACCAGGAGAAGCUCCUGGAAGAGGAGAACCAGAAGCUGCGGGAGAGGCUGGAGCGGAUGCAGGAGGAGUACAGGGCGGCACUGGCGCAGACGCGGGAGAUCAUGAUCCAGACUGACGACCUGCCCGGGGAGGCCGCGGCGCAGCCGCACGCCCAAGCCGUGCCCAACGGCAGGGAUGCGGUGGAUGGGCUGGCGCACGAUGGCGAGCCCGAGCUGGCCUUCGAUGGCAUCCGGCAGAAGGUGCCGGCGGUGAAGCUGGUGGAGGCCGGCGUCCUGAGCCAGGAGAGCCUGGAGCAGCUGGUGAAGGGCACCGUGAGCGUGGGAGAGCUGGCGCAGAGGGACGAGGUCAGGAGGUACCUGCAGGGCCAGAGCAGCGUCGCGGGGGUGCUGCUCAAGCCCACCAAUGAGAAGAUGAGCAUCUAUGAGGCCAUGAAGCAGAAGCUGCUGAGCCCGGGCACGGCGCUGGCGCUGCUGGAGGCUCAGGCCGCCUCCGGCUUCAUCAUCGACCCGGUGCGGAACGCGCGGCUCUCGGUGAGCGAGGCCGUGCGGGAGGGCGUCAUCGGGCCCGAGCUGCACCACAAGAUGCUGGCGGCGGAGCGGGCGGUCACCGGCUACAAGGACCCCUACACCGGCGACCGCAUCUCCCUCUUCCAGGCCAUGCGGAAGGAGCUCAUCGUCAAGGAGCACGGCAUCCGCCUGCUCGAGGCCCAGAUCGCCACCGGAGGCAUCAUCGACCCCGUGCACAGCCACCGCCUGCCCGUGGAGGCUGCCUACAAGCGCGGGUACUUCGAUGAGGAGAUGAACCGGACCCUCUCCGACCCCAGCGACGACACCAAGGGCUUCUUCGACCCCAACACCCACGAGAACCUCACCUACGUGCAGCUGCUGCAGCGCUGCGUGACUGACCCUGAGACGGGGCUGAGCCUCCUGCCCCUCACUGACCAGGCAGCCCAGGCCAGGGAGCUGCUCUACACCGACAAAGAAGCCAGAGACGUCUUCAAGAAGGCCACGGUGACGGCCCCGUUCGGCAGGUUCCAAGGGAGGACGGUGACCAUCUGGGAGAUCAUCAACUCGGAGUACUUCAGCGAGGACCAGAGGCGGGAUCUGAUCCAGCAGUACCGCACCGGCAAGAUCACGGUGGAGAAGAUCAUCAAGAUCAUCAUCACGGUGGUGGAGGAAGGGGAGAAGAGAAGCCAGAUGUGCUUCGAGGGCCUGCGGGCGCCCGUGCCUGCUGCGGAGCUGCUGGAGAGCAAAGUCAUCGGCAAAGACCUCUACAAUGAGCUGCAGAAGGGCAAGAAGUCGGUGAAGGACGUGGCGGAGAUGGAGCCCGUGCGGCAGUACCUGAGGGGCACCGGCACCAUUGCCGGCGUCCUGGUGGAGUCGACCGGGCAGAAGCUCACCUUCUACGACGCCCUCCAGAGGAACCUGCUGAAGCCGGAGGUCGCCCUGGCCCUGCUGGAGGCCCAGGCUGCCACCGGCUACAUCCUGGACCCCGUGAGGAACCAGCUCUUCUCCGUGGACGAGGCGGUGAAGGCCGAGGUGGUGGGGCCGGAGCUGCACGAGAAGCUGCUGUCGGCAGAGAAGGCGGUGACCGGCUACAAGGACCCCUACACGGGCCAGACGGUUUCCCUGUUCCAGGCGCUGAAGAAGGGGCUGAUCCCCAGCCCCACGGGCCUGCGGCUGCUGGACGUGCAGCUCGCCACCGGCGGCAUCGUUGACCCUGUCCACAGCCACCGCCUCCCGCUCGACGUCGCCUACAAGCGCGGCCACUUCGACCCGGAGACGAACGCGGCGAUGGCCGAGCACCGCGACGACGCCAAGGCUUUCUAUUGCCCCAACAGCCAGGAGCACCUCACCUACGCCCAGAUGCAGGGGACCUGCCGCCGGGACAAGCAGACCGGCUUCUACCUCCUGCCCCUGUCUGAGCAGGCCAUCCGGGCGCAGCAGGAGGAGCUCUACACGGACAGCCAGGCGAGAGAGUGCUUCAGGAAGACGGCCGUGGAGGUGCCGGUGGGCAGCAUGAAGGGCCAGACCGUGACCAUCUGGGAGCUGCUCCACUCCGAGUACUUCACCGAGGAGCAGAGGCGGGAGCUCCUCCGGCAGUACAAGAGCGGGAAGGUGACCAUCGAGAAGAUCAUCAAGAUCGUGAUCACCAUCCUCGAGGAGGCAGAGAGCAAGAAGCAGGAGAAGCUGACCUUCAGCGGGCUGCGGGCCCCGGUUCCGGCCAGCGAGCUGGUGGAGUCCCGCAUCAUCACCAAGGCCCAGCUCGAGCAGCUGAAGGAGGGCAAGAAGUCGGUGAAGGACUUCUCUGACACGGAGGCGGUGAGAAAGUUCCUGCACGGCAGCGACUGCAUCGCUGGCGUCUACGUGGAGGCGACCAAGGAGAAGCUCAACGUCUACGAGGCCAUGAGGCGGAGCCUGCUGCAGCGCGGCACCGCCGUGGUGCUGCUGGAGGCCCAGGCAGCCACCGGGUUCCUGAUCGACGCCGUGAAGAACCGGAAGCUCUACGUCAACGAGGCCGUCAAGGCUGGCGUGGUGGGGCCCGAGCUGCACGAGAAGCUGCUCUCUGCCGAGAAGGCGGUCACGGGCUACAAGGACCCCUACUCCGGCAGCACCAUCUCCCUCUUCCAGGCCAUGCGGAAGGGGCUCAUCGCCAAGGAGCACGGCAUCCGCCUGCUCGAGGCGCAGGUGGCCACCGGCGGCAUCAUCGACCCCGUGCACAGCCACCGCCUGCCCCUGGAGGUGGCCUACCAGCGCGGGUACUUGGAUGAGGAGAUGAACCGGGCCCUCUCCGACCCCAGCGACGACACCAGGGGCUUCGUGGACCCCAACACGCAGGAGAACCUGAGCUACACGCAGCUGAAGGAGAGGUGCAUCGAGGAUCCCGAGACCGGGCUCUACCUGCUGCCGCUGCGGGAGCCCGAGAAGGCGGCGCCGGUGGAGCCCACGCGGGUGUACACGGAGGCCGAGGCGCGGAAGGUGUUUGAGGAGACGCGGGUGGACAUCCCGGUGGGCAGCCGGGCGGGCUCCUCCAUGUCUCUGUGGGAGAUCAUGCACUCGGAGCUGCUGCCCGAGGAGCAGCGCAAGCAGCUCAUGGAGGAGUUCCGGGCGGGCCGGGUGUCCAAGGAGCGCAUGAUCAUCAUCAUCAUCGAGAUCAUCGAGAAGACCGAGGUCAUCCGGCAGCAGAGCCUCGCGUCCUACGACUACGUGCGGCGCCGCGUCACGGCCGAGGAGCUCUACGAGGCCAGGAUCAUCUCCCAGGACAUCUACAACCUGCUCAAGCAGGGCUCCAAGAGCUUCCGGGAGCUCCUGGAGGUGGAGGCCGUCUGGAGGUCCCUCUACGGGUCGGGCUGCGUGGCUGGUAUCUACAUCCCCUCCUCCAAGCAGAAGCUCAGCAUCUACCAGGCCCUGAAGAAGGGGCUGAUCAACUCAGAGGUGGCCCGUUCCCUCCUGGAGGCCCAGGCCGCCACUGGCUUCAUGAUCGACCCCAUAAGGAACGAGAUGCUGACCGUCGACGAGGCCGUCAGGAAAGGCGUGGUGGGGCCCGAGAUCCACGACCGGCUCCUGUCGGCCGAGCGGGCCGUGACGGGGUACAGGGACCCCUACAGCGAGCAGAAGAUCUCCAUCUUCCAGGCCAUGAAGAAGGAGCUCGUUCCCAGCGACGAGGCCCUCAAGCUCCUGGACGCCCAGAUCGCCACCGGCGGCGUCAUCGACCCGCACCUGGGCUUCCACCUGCCCCUGGAGGUGGCCUCGCAGCGGGGCUUCAUCAACAAGGACACGUACGACACGCUGUCGGAGCCCAGCGAGGUGCGCAGCUACGUGGACCCCUCCACCGAGGAGAAGCUGAGCUACGCGCAGCUGCUGAAGCGGUGCCGGCGCGACGAGGGCAGCGGGCUCCUGCUGCUCCCGCUCUGCGACGCUCGGAAGCUCACGUUCCGCGGCCUGCGCAAGCAGAUCACGGUGGAGGAGCUGGUGCGCUCGCAGGUGAUGGACGAGGCCACGGCGCAGCGCCUGCAGGAGGGGCUCACCUCCGUCGAGGAGGUCUCCAAGGACCUCAAGAAGUUCCUGGAGGGCACCAGCUGCAUCGCCGGUGUCUUCGUGGACUCCACCAAGGAGCGGCUCUCCGUGUACCAGGCCAUGAAGAAGGGCAUCAUCCGGCCCGGCACCGCCUUCGAGCUCCUGGAGGCGCAAGCGGCCACGGGCUACGUCAUCGACCCCAUCAAGGGGCUGAAGCUGACGGUGGAGGAGGCCGUUCGCAUGGGCAUCGUGGGCCCCGAGUUCAAGGACAAGCUGCUCUCCGCGGAGAGGGCCGUCACCGGCUACCGGGACCCCUACUCCGGGAAGCUCAUCUCCCUCUUCCAGGCCAUGAAGAAGGGGCUGAUCCUGAAGGACCACGGCAUCCGCCUGCUGGAGGCCCAGAUCGCCACCGGCGGCAUCAUCGACCCCGAGGAGAGCCACCGCCUGCCCGUGGAGGUGGCCUACAGGAGGGGCCUCUUCGACGAGGAGAUGAACGAGAUCCUGCUGGACCCCAGCGACGACACCAAGGGCUUCUUCGACCCCAACACGGAGGAGAACCUCACCUACCUGCAGCUCAUGGAGCGCUGCAUCACGGACCCGGAGACCGGCCUCUGCCUCCUGCCCCUGAAGGAGAAGAAGCGGGAGAGGAAGACGUCCUCCAAGUCCUCGGUGCGCAAGCGCAGGGUGGUCAUCGUUGACCCGGAGACGGGCAAGGAGAUGUCCGUGUACGAGGCCUACCGCAAGGGCCUCAUCGACCACCAGACGUACCUGGAGCUCUCGGAGCAGGAGUGCGAGUGGGAGGAGAUCACCACCUCCUCCUCCGACGGCGUCGUGAAGUCCAUGAUCAUCGACCGGCGCUCGGGGCGCCAGUACGACAUCGACGACGCCAUCGGCAAGGGCCUCAUCGACCAGUCGGCGCUGGACCAGUACCGCGCGGGCACGCUCUCCAUCACCGAGUUCGCGGACAUGCUCUCGGGCAACAUGGGCGGCUUCCGCUCGCGCUCGUCCUCCGUGGGCUCCUCCUCUUCCUACGGCGUGAGCCCGGCUCCGGUGAGGACGCAGAUAUCCCCGUGGAGCGACCCGACCGAGGAGACGGGGCCGGUGGCCGGCAUCCUGGACACAGACACCCUGGAGAAGGUGUCCAUCACCGAGGCCAUGCGCCGCAACCUGGUGGACAACAUCACGGGGCAGCGGCUGCUGGAGGCUCAGGCCUGCACCGGGGGCAUCAUCGACCCCAUCACCGGCGACAGGUGCACCGUGGCCGACGCCGUCACCAAGGGCCUGGUGGACAAGAUCAUGGUGGACCGCAUCAACCUGGCGCAGAAAGCCUUCUACGGCUUCGAGGACCCGCGCACCAAGACGCGGAUGUCGGCGGCGCAGGCGCUCAAGAAGGGCUGGCUCUACUACGAGGCCGGGCAGCGGUUCCUGGAGGUGCAGUACCUGACGGGGGGGCUCAUCGAGCCCGACGCCGAGGGCCGCGUGGGCCUGGACGAGGCGCUGCAGAAAGGCACCAUCGACGCGCGCACGGCGCAGAAGCUGCGCGACGUCAGCACCUACUCCAAGUACCUCACGUGCCCCAAGACCAAGCUCAAGAUCUCCUACAAGGACGCCAUGGACCGCAGCAUGGUGGAGGACGGCACCGGCCUGCGCCUCCUCGAGGCCUCCUCCCACUCCAGCAAGGGCUACUACAGCCCCUACAACGUCAGCAGCGCCGGCUCCACCUCCGGCUCCCGCUCCGGCUCCCGCACCGGCUCCCGCUCUGGCUCCCGGCGCGGCAGCUUUGACGCCACCGGCUCCGGCUUCUCCAUGACCUUCUCUUCCUCCUCGUACUCCUCCUCGAGCUUCGGGCGCCGAUACACCGCGGCUGCCACGGGGGCAGCGGCUGCCGUCGCCCCCGCCGCGCUCCGCAGCUGCGGGACGGAGGCGAGCGUGGAGCGCGCCGGGACGCACCGGCUGCCGCUGCGCGUGGCCUGACCCGCCGGCCCCUGCGUGAGGAACCCGCUGCCUGCUCGCUCCGCAUGUGGCAACGCUGCUGCUGCUCCCUAGGACUGAUUCCUGUUUCUGGUUGAACGUGGUGAUGACCUGCCAGAGCCAGCCCUGCCUGAGCCAAAA